AUGAUGUCAUCGCACGCUGGCGGUCCAGCAAAGAGAAGUGCGCAGCUUAGUGGCCAAAUUCUUUCCUCCAUGCGUCAUAAGCCCACAUUGCGUUGGAAGGCGCACGUAUUUGUGUCAUAUCAUAAUCAGUUCCUUAACACGAUGGUCGCCGCGCGUCUCUGUAAGCCCAGUGGUCUCAACCGCCGGCGCGUAUGCGUUGAAUCGCGGGUUCUGGCCUGACACGGGAGACAUGGGAUGCGCACUGUUGAUGAAUCCCGAAGGGAUGAAACGGCCGUACAGUGCUUUUCCGGAUCUACAUUGUCUGCCUGUCGGUCUUUAUGUGGCUGUGCCGAAUCGCCAUCGACACGCUGAAAGUCGAAGUUAAGGCCUGCGCCGAUGGAACGGAUGUGAUGGUGUCGUCGAAAGCUUGGCUUUCAGUCUCAUUUCGGCCAGUUUGUUGAGCAUCGGUAGGUG